UUAUCUAACAUAUGUAGUUUUGCUCAGCUGCUUCUUGCUGUGGGGACCAAGCUUGAGCAUGUAAUUAUCCAGUUGGCUCAUGAAGUUGCUGAGAAACAUGUGGCCAUAGAAGGGGAGUUGAUUGUUCAGCCUUCAGAUGAUCAUUUUUGGUUCAACCGGCCCCGUAUUGUCCUCUUCUUGAUCCAUUUUAUCCUCUUCCAAAAUGCGUUUGAAAUUGCAUUUUUCUUCUGGAUAUGGGUCCAAUAUGGGUUUGACUCGUGCAUAAUGGGACAAGUUCGUUAUAUUGUUCCAAGGCUUAUCAUCGGGGCCUUCAUUCAGAUACUUUGCAGUUACAGCACGCUGCCACUUUAUGCUAUUGUCACACAGAUGGGAACUUUCUUUAAGAAGGCCAUAUUCGAUGAGCAUGUGCAGGCAGGACUUGUUGAUUGGGUUCAGAAAGUGAAGAGAAAGAAAGGGUUAAAAGCAGCCAGCGAGGAUGCCACCCCUGCAAGUUCCCACAGUAGCUCAACUGUUGGAAUCCAAUUGGGAAGAAUAAAUCGAAAAGCAUCUGCUCCUGAGGAGAUUCAGCCUGAUCAUGUUUCUGAUGGCCCUAAAUGAGUGGUAACUUUUUUGUUCAAGAUAGUGAAGUGUUAGCUAUUUGUAUUAGCUACAUAUUUCUCAUGGAUAUGUUUGAGAUUCACACGGGUUAUAUAUUGAUGCAAAAUAUAUUUACUGGCUCUGAACCGUGCAAUAGUAUUCGAUUGAGUAUCUACCCACUAUUUGUAUCUCGAGAAUGAUUGUGACUAAGCCAUGCAAUAUCAGUCUGACCUCAUACAGGGUGAUUUUUGUUGAUGA